AUGGCUAAACAAUGGAUCCUCGCAUUGGCCGUCGUUGGCCCCGUCGUCGUUGCCGCUGACGAGCUGGAUGAUUUCUCCAACAAUCUAGCCACGGACCUGGGCCCUCUUCUUGUCCUUUUCGGCGAGGCCAUGACCAAGCAAUAUCUCAGCGAGUCCACGUCCUUUUUGGAUUACUUCAUCUUCGCCAUGGCCCCCAUCGGUGUGCUCACUGCCAUGGCCGCUGCCAUCCGCGUCUGCGGGUACUCGACGCUUCGCGCCUUCAUCGGUCGCUCGCAGGAGGGCCAGGGCACUGUCGAGGCCGAGCUGUGCACCUCGACCGGUCGUGAUGUUUGCGAGCUCUUCACCCGUGGCGGCAUCACGCGCGCCCUCGGCCGCCCAAGCAUUCUCGAACUCGUCCACGUUCCCGGCACCAAAGACGAUGACGGAGACAAGGCCGGCGUACACUCCUUCAGACAGUGGGUCGGAUCCAACGGCGGAGAGCGAUGGCAUAUGACUAAAGAGAGCAAAGAGAAGCAUCAAGAAUCGCUUUGGGGUAAUGAUCUGUUGGCUUCCCACCCCCCCAACAUAUCCCUCAACGUCGGCAUUAUAAAACGCCCUAGAUGGGUGUUUAUAGUGGUGGCCAUUACCGGAUUUACUCUCCAAGCGGGCCUCGUUGGUCUGGCGGCUGUUGGCGGAUGGAAGCUUGGUUGGGCCGUGAACAAGGCUGGAGCCUCGUCGUCGGUAAUCUACGCACCCAUAAUGUAUAUCAUAGGCACCACCCUCAUGUCUCUGGGUAUGUGGGGUUGCGCAGCCGUCAUUGGGCAGACCACACACGAGAUACAGUACAAGCGACGACCAGACGAGCUCAAGAAACCACAGACACGCUUGUUCUGGCUUCAGCCUGGUCCUCAGUUCAUCGGCGACCAGUGUUUCGAUCCGUUCGCGUUUACCGAGGACGAGCCAAUGAAAGACUGGACGCUGUCAACUAAAAAUGCCCUCCCCAAACUCAGGUUUCGUACCACUCUGGCCGUUGGGGCUACCUUGAUCGGUUACAUCAUGCAGUUCAUCGGUCUGCGUGGAAUGAAGGCCUGGGUCUCUCUCGCGCAGCUGGCUGCCACCGUUUUGAUGAGUAUGAUCCGUGGUGGGCUUCGCGCACAACGGAUCAGCCAGAGCGCCAACCGUUUGGCGGAAAACCGCGAGGUUCCCGAUGCGGUUACCGGUCAUGAACUUGAUUGGAUGGCUUUUGAGCUGCUCAAGACUGCAUCUGAAGAAUGGCCGGCGCCCAAGAAGAAAAAUGCGGCCAUCGGUAAGAGUAUGAGGUGCUGGCAGACGCUACUACUCCUGAAGAAGCUAGCAUUCUGGGAAAAGUCAGCUCCCAAUGAAAGACCAGCCUCUAAGAAAGAGAUACUGUGGCAUAUUACCGGUCAGUAUAAGCAGGCUCUGGGACCAACGGACGACGCCUCUGCAUCAAAGCUGUCUUCACCCAGCAAGCAUUCGUCGUCCACGGAUGCGGACGCCUUGUGGAGCACCGGUAGCCAUGAUGUGACGCGACUUGGUUCUACCAGUACAGUAUCUGUGGAAAAGGAAAAUGUGCGUCCAAAUUCAUCGAGUACGGGUGCAACUGGGAUGCUGCAAGACAAUACCACGUCCAAUCCGCCUCAGAAAGACGGCACGGAUCAAACUAGCUGCACAGACUUGCUUCGGACCCGAGCGCGCCUUGCGCAUUUGACAGGGCAUAUUCCAUUUGGCGCGACUACCAAGGAGGGCCAACAAUGGAAGAAUAACCAGGUCAAAGUUCGCACCAAAGCCAACGAAAUCUCUUCGGCUAUUUGUCAAACAGCUGCUAAGCUGAUUCCCUGGAAAGACCGCAACUCGGAUAUCGUGCUUCAAAUUAUUGGGUCCACAUCAACAAUAACCAACACGGGCAACAAGAUAAGCAAUACCAUCAAUCAUAGCCAGACGCUCGGCAUCACCCUCAAACCACCAUCAGAGUCGACGUUGGCUGGUUGGCAAAUCGACUCAGCACGGGUAGAGGCCAUAUUAGGACUCUGGAUGUGGUCGUUGGUCUCCAACGGCCGCGAGGUUGAUCAAGUCUGCUUCCGCAAUGAAAAGCUUCCUACCCGGAGCAUUGUUUCGGCUGGCCGUAAUACACAACAAGAGUUGAGCUUUUGGCUUGGUUCCCAGGGCGUCAAGGUCACGGAAGCCACCCUCCAGAUUGGAGAAACUCAUAUAAAUGGCCUUAUUGACUUGUGGCGCAUUCACGACAAGUCAAGCAGCGAAUGCAUUUCGAAUAAAGCCGAUAAGAGCACCUCCGAACCGGGCCAGAUUGAUAUCCUGACAAAGGUAGAUGUGAAUAUCUCGAAGCAAAAUGACGUACCAUUCAGGCUCUGCGGCUGGAAUGCCGUAUGCGAAGCACUGGCGCUGGAGAAAACGAGCGACUCGGCGCCACAACAGUGCACAGUCCGUAUGUUCCCUACCGCGGGCUCGCUGUUGGACAUUUGCGCCCGGGAACUCUUUGCCACGCUGGCAGCGUCGCUUACCGGAAUCGCCGAAGUCGUGAAGCCCAAUUUCGUUAACCAGCAAGAUGAUUACAUGCUGUUGCAAAGUGAGACAGUCACCAUUCUCACGACGGCGGUCAUGGAGAACGGCUUGGGGUCACGAGCCGACGCGAUUCUGAGCGUCAUUCCAGCGCUUGGAGAACAAAUUGCCAUCCCGAUCGAUGAAGAAAUGAUGUCGGCAACCAUUGCCAUGGCGGACAGCUACCGUCGGCGCGGCGAGUGGCUAUGGGCGGAAAGGCUACUGCAAUGGUUAUGUCACAUUUGUUCCUCCUCCAACGGCCAGAAGGCUACGGCGUCAACAACCGGCGGUCGUAGCCAAUUCGCACGGGCUCUGCGUGCGACGGGAGAGCUGUAUCGCUGGUCUCUUAGAAAAGGCAAUUUUGGCUGCGACGAGGCAUGCGCGUUUGGCAGAGCUGGCAUCGAUUGGAUGCACCGCACAUACCCGUGUACGGAUCCAGCGGACGAGACGACACAAAUCCUAUGCUGCUACAGAUAUGUGCAGAAAAAAUUGGAGACGGAUUCCAGGAUGACCCCUCUGGAAUUGUGCGGUAUGCUGGCGCAGGCGGUUGAUAACCAGCAUGAUGAGAACGCGCGUGGUCGUGCUCUGUAUUGCUUGUGUUUGGUCGAGAAUUGCUCUCAUGAAUCCUUAUCACGGCGGGCAGUGCCAUUCGCUGCUCGAAAUGGGUGGGACGAGGUGCUGGGAUCAAUGCUACAAUUGGGAGCUAACGUGAAUGCCAGUGACGAGCGCAAUAGGACGGCACUUUGGUAUAGCGCGGAGAGUGGUAAUGCUAAUAAUACCAAGCAAUGCAUCGAUGCAGGCGCUGAUACCGAGAUUUAUUGUGACGGCACGCCACUUUAUGUGGCCGUUCAAAAUGGGCACGAGGCUAUCGUGCAGCAGCUCAUUGCUGCGUCCGCCAAAGUCGAAGUCCAACGCUGUUUUAGCGAAGACGGGCCGCUUCACAUAGCCGUUCGCAACAGGAACGAAGCAAUUGUAGAGAAGCUCAUUAGCGCGGGCGCCGAGGUCAACAGGAAGGGAGAUCGCGGCCACACGCCACUUCAUUUAGCUGCUGAGUGCGGGAACACGGCGAUUGCGAAGCGUCUUACUAUGGCUGGCGCUUUAGUGGACGCGAUUGAUCGCGACGGGAACGCGCCGCUUCAUAUAGCCACUGCGCAGGGGGACAAGGCGAUGGUAGAUUGUCUCGUUACUGCCGGCGCUAAUGUCAAUGUGCCGUCCGAAGAAACCUCUUUAUACGUUUACAGGACGGUCAACAGAGACGACUGUUCAACCCCCGGCACAGCACCACUUCAUAUAGCAGCUAGGAUGGGACACACGGCGAUAGCUGAGUAUCUCAUGGAUGCUGGUGCAGGUUUCGACAUGCAGGACCGAGAAGGCCGCACGCCACUCCAUUAUGCCGCCAGUUUGGUGCUCCCGUCAAUGGUGGACUGCCUUCUUCGGGCAGGCGCUUUUCCUGACGCGAGGGAUCAUGAAAGGAACACGCCGCUUCUUCUGGUGGCUGGUUCUAAGCACACCAAAUCGACGUGCCCGGGAGAGAGACGGGCAGUGGCCAAGAUGCUCAUUGACCGGUUGGCUUACGUAGACGCCGAGGAUAUGCGUGGCUGUACGCCGCUUCAACUUCACCGCGCUCUUGAUUGUCAGGAGGAUGAUCUUAUCGAGUAUCUUGUUGAACAAAGCGAAGCUAUGGAUAUAAAGGAUGAAAGAGGAAAUACGCCACGUCACGACGCCUUGCUCUACAUGAGGGCACGUGAGAAGAUAGAUCUCAAGAACAGUCAGGGUGCUCAGUACAAGUAUACAGCCCCUGAUAACGUCACGGCCACGGACAGAGUCGCAUGGCAGCAGCAAUUCAAAUCAAGACAGGAAAAAACUCUGGUUUACGGCAGUCAAACACAAGCCGUUGCUAACUACAUAGGUACCUAA